GGAGCACGACGCGAGUAGUGAGUACACCGUCCUCGGGACUCGGGACCGGGAAUUGCCGAGCCGAAUGCGCCAGUACCGCGCUGGCGUUUGUCUAGCAAGGUUGCAGUGCGGUUUUCGUUUUUUAAAUUAGAAUUACACACUAGUUUAUAAGCACGAGUUAGCAAGUGUUAUCGUCAAUUAUUUUUUUUUAACGCGAUUCGUUGACGUUACUCAUUCAUUCCGGGUGUCUCGUUUCCGUGUUUCAAAUAUAUUGAAACAGAAAAGAAUAUUGAAAAAGAAAUAAAAAAUGUAACAUGGCGAUGGUCGCGUCGAACAUGAGCGGCCACAUACAAAAGCAACUCACCCGUAGCCUCGAGAGAAUCCUCGAAGAGGCACAUCUCAGCGGUGAACUCAAACUUAGCGGUCGUAAACUCAAGGACUUUCCUAAAGUCGGUAAAACCGGCUCCAAAUACAGCCUUUCGGACACUGUGAUAGCUGAUCUUUCGAAAAAUCGUUUUGGUGAAUUGCCCGAAGAAGUUACGGAAUUUCCGUUUUUGGAAAAGCUGCAUCUUUAUCACAAUGCCAUAAGAGUUAUACCAGAGACUGUGGUAAUGUUGCAGUCUCUGACUUACCUCGAUCUCAGUCGUAACCAGUUGACGGUUUUACCUCGUGAAGUAUGCAGGCUGCCAUUGCAAACGUUGCUCGUAGCGCACAACAGGCUCGCCUCGUUGCCCGAGGAGCUCGGGAGAAUGUCAUCUCUCGCUGAACUCGAUGCUGGCUGCAACGAGAUAGUCAGUCUGCCACCGAGGAUAGGGGACUUACCACGACUAAGGUGCCUCGACCUCAGGAGCAAUUUUCUGGUCCAUUUGCCCAUUGAACUGACGUACCUGAGACUCGUUAAAUUGGACAUCAGUAGCAAUCGGAUUUCCGUGCUACCGAACGAAUUAAGGAAAAUGAAGAGCCUCGUGGAAUUGAGGCUCUCUGAUAAUCCCUUGACUUCGCCACCUGCUUCGUUGUGCAUUCGCGGGCGAACACACAUCUUCAAAUAUUUGGAGCGACAGGCGGCGAAACACGAAAGGGCAAGGGGGGGUCGGGUCAGACGAGGUCCUCUCGAAGCUCGUGGUCACGCGACCCUGGACACGAGGUCACACAGGCGUCACAACGUCGACAGUGGUUACAGCACCAGCGACGGCGUCGACAAACGUUGGUCCCAAGAAAUACACAGCGCGGUACACGAUAACGAAGGGCGAACUGCUUGGCGCCAAGAAUGCUCGCCAUUGUCGAUUACUCUUCCCGUCGAAGCCAGUGUCAAUGGUUCUUGUAGCGGAACGUCCACGCCCAGUACCAUUUCACCAGGAGAACAUACCUCCCUCGAGGACGAACUCGGAAAGGCUAUGAUUCUACAUGAUCAGCUCCAAAAACGAAGAUUGGAGAGAAGCGCUUCCGAAAAUGGAGCUGAUGGUCGAAGGCCAAUGGCUCAUCCGCUUCACAAUAAUUCAAUCACACCACCUGGCCACUUGGAAAGCACUCCGAUAAUUCAAUCGUCACCGAGCACGACGAUGCAAACGGUCCAACCGAUUCAAGCGAGUACGACGAGCAGUAGUAACUCAUCUCCGCAGAUCAAUGGUGAGGAGAAAAGGCCAUUGAAUCACACGCAGACUUACAGAGAAUACAAAGAAGCUCUCAGACAGCAAAGAGUCAACGAAGGCCCGAGCGUUUACAGGCCGCGAGAGCAAACAACGCCCCCUGGUAACGAGGCGCAAAACAACGAGAUCGAUCCCACGUUAUCGAAGGAUGGCAUCACGAGCGCGGGUAAACAACUUUUCAACGAGGACAACGCGAAUAAGAGGCCCGUGCAAAAAGUAACUCCGUCUCGUAUCAAUUAUCAAAAUGCAACAAUUAUCAAUGGAAGCAACAGCGAGUACGCUACUAAAAAUGGAAAAUAUCACGAACAGCCCUACAAAAAACCAAGUUCUCCUGUCAAAUUGUCGACGAGCAUACUGUCCACGAAUUCUAGUCCCGCCCACGCACCCAGACUCGUCAAAACUGCCGUUGGCUACGUCGAAGGAAAUAACAGUCCUAGUCGCAAUGGUGGAAGCCCCAAAUCCACGAGAUCCGUAACUUGGAAUAGUAACAUGCCUGAAAAAUAUUCAUUCACUAUGAGACGUGAAUUUGAGAGAGCCAAAGAAGAGGCAGAUCUGAUCGAACAAUUACGAACGCACAUCGAGACAAGGUUGAAAAUGGCACUACCGGAGGAUCUUGCGCCUUCACUAACAGACGGUGUUGUACUUUGUCAUCUUGCGAACCACGUCAGGCCCCGAUCGGUUGGAAGUAUUCACGUUCCUUCUCCAGCAGUUCCUAAACUGACGAUGGCUCGGUGCAGACGAAACGUCGAUAAUUUCUUGGAAGCUUGUCGAAAAAUAGGAGUUGACGAGGAGGUCUUAAUGGACGCCGAUGCAAUCAUGGACGUGGGUUACAUGAACGCGUACGGUCUGGAAGCUCUGAAUCGUCUCGUGUCCUCGCUCGUUGUCUAUCGUCGCGAAGAAGAUGACAACGAAGAACCAGCCGCAGGUUCAGCCCAUACGAUUCAGGAUCGCGUCCUUUCCGCGAUGCUUUUUGCCGCAUUCUUAAUCACCCUCGUUACGCUCUAUGUCUUUCCCAUUCCCGAUUGAGAAUAUCGUAUUUUUCAAACAUGCGAAUGGCAGAGAGAAAGAGAGGAAAAAAAAAGAGGGGAAAAACAACAAAACGGAGAGGAAAAUUCAUUGGAUGCGAUGAGUAAACGAAAGAUCUUGAGAUCGAAGCGAAUGAGUCGCGAACAAUCAAAACACAAACUUCAGUUAUUACGACGAGGAGAAAAAGUCUGCAAGGGGAAAAAUGAAAACAAAGGAUUUAUUGGACCGUGCCAAUUAUAAUCUUCAGUCAUCCAAAUUGCAAUUAAUUUUCAAUAUCGUAUACGAAUUUUCGUACCCAAUACUUUGUUCUCCAAGUAUUUCAUCGAAAAGCUCAUGCUUUUUCGUUCGAACAGCCAAUUUAAUCCCAAAUAUGUAAGGAAAAAAGUAGAUUCGCUUUUUAUGGGAAAGAAAAAUUUCCCUGCGCAAAGGGAUGCUUCGCGAGGCAUUUAUUUAUUGCAAUAAUUGCAAUAUUUGCUUGCAAAUAUUUAAUUCAUAUAUAAAGACUUGAGCCCUUCGAUUCCCGUGGCCUAGAUUACGAAGGUUAAACUUUUCAUUCGGCUCGAAUGUAGAAACGAACGUAGGUGCUUAGGGAAGCUCGCCACGAGAAUAUUCGACUGGUUACUGCAAAAAAUCUUUUCACCAUUCACUGCAAACUGUGAGAAUAUUAUUCCUGGCAGAGCUGACUUUAAUGUUGCAACUUUUGUUGCUUGGCAAUGAGGGUAAUUCUUUUUGUACGUCGUUGAUAGCGGAGUAGCUCUAGAUUUUUUCGUAAUCAACGUAGAGAUGUUUUUACGUGUACUUAGGAAUCGCUUUUCUAAAGGUAUUUAUUCGAUAGUGGAGUUUGGAGAUUCAAUCAUUUCCGUGUUUUUUGCUACAGUAAUAUUUACGAAAACUCAGCGAUAAGAAAACACUGACAAACAAUCAUCGACGAAUCAACAAGACAUUUUAUUCGCGUUUUGCGAUUUUUAACCAGAAGCGCGAGGAGCAACUGAAUUUCAGGAAUUUGUAGACUGGACAUUGAGAAAAAUGAAUCUUAUAAUCAAACGAGCAAAUUAUGCGGAAAUAUAAUCGCAUAUCACACUAAUUAAUCGUGAUUCUUAUACAAUACGAAUAUAUACAUAUGUUUACUCUAUACAACUUAAUAAUUGAUAAUCUUAACCGAAUCCGAAGUCGGACGGAAAAAUUGAUAAGUAACGAGAUCGUAACGUAAAUAUGAUAUUUUGCUAAAUUGCGAAAAAAAUUGAAGGGAAAUUGACAUUUUUUGAGAGUGUUGAACCGAUUGAGAUUCGUUAACAAAACAAUUAUUUAUUUCUCUGAGGAAAAAUAAACAAACCGGUCGCAGUGCGUCGAGCUUCAUUUUUUCUCGUUAUUAAAGCGAUUAACAUUUUGAAAAUCGGUUCAAACGGAUAGAAGGGAAAGAGAGGAGGAGGGUUAUGUGAAAAACGAAACUUCGCGUACCUAGGAUCGUGUAUUUUUUUACCGAAUGACGUGUGUUAAGGAAAAAACAUCGAGAUUCCCUGCUGACCCGUGCAACCGAAAGAAACGAAUAGCUUUGAACCGCCGAGGUUCGCUCAACUUUCAUUCAGAAUCCAGUUUUUCAAUAAGAGGGUGCUAUUUUUUAUGCCGAAACUCAUUCCAAUCGCCAUUGGAAGAAUAGAGUUGGAAGGACUUUUUUAUGGCGAAAUUUUUAUUUGUUAUUCGAGUUGCUAAAUUGUUAUCAUUGAUCCCCGGGGAUGAAGCUAGAAAGCAGCUGUUUUGGAGCAUAAAAUCUUGGGAAAAAAAAAUCGAAUGAUACCAAAUUUUCUGCUUUUGAAAAAUUGAAAAACGAAAUUACUCCAUUUUUUUAUUUCAUUAUAUUUUAUCGUAGAUCUUCGUUUAUUUCUCGUGAAUAAUUCAUAUUUAUCGAACGCAAAUUAAAUGCAGACGAUCGGAAUUGAGAUUUUUCAUCACCAUCGAUUUCACGAGCAUUUAACUUUUUUUCGUAAUAAAUUCGUUGCAAAUAUUUUCCCUUUUUUCUUAUCAAACUUCACGUUGCUCGAGCAUUUUUUCGAUAAGAGUGCUGGACAAGUUUAUGCUUACUGAGUGAAAAACUUCAUAAAAUUGAUAAGAAUUAUCGCGCUCGAAAUUUUCAGUGUUUACUGGUUUUGCACUGAUUUCCAAAGAGAUUAUUUCGCACACGCUGCCAGUUUCGCUGGCGAGAGAGAAACGGAGGAGGAGAACAGUUGAGUUGGUAUCGAUGGAAAUAGAUUUCCUUUUUGAAAAUUUUCUAAACUGGGUGAAGGAUAUGAUGAACAGAGAACAAAGAGAAUUGAAAAUGACGGUGAGAAAAUGCGAUAAAAACGCGAGUCAAAGCACUCGGCGCAUUUUUAAGAUAGAUUAUAAACAAACACACUACAAAUUAUGAAUAUUCCUUCCCUCUGAUGAAAAUAGGCAUUUUAACGAAUAACUCGCUGUAGGGUAUUUUAAACAGGAGCGAAAUUUGCAAGCGUACUUAUUCAAACCGGUGAACUUUGUAAUUUUAAUUUUAGUUUUCAAUGUACAGAUUCACAAGUUUCUAGUCUUCGUAUUUAUUAUAUUUUUUCCCCUUGAUUCUAGUCAGAGUAUUUCGCAAAAACGGUUUAUCGCAGUUUUUGAUUAUACAACGAAAAGCAAAUGAAAAGAAACUCGCGCGUGUGCCCGAGAGAGAAACGACUGGAACACACACCUUUUCAAAUACAGCUAAAGAAAAAUCAUCCAAUCAAGGCAGCAAACUCUAUCACUGUACAAUAAUUCAUCGUCUUUCGCGUUUCAACGUUCUAGCUUUCGACAAUUUUAUUCAUUUUUCAACAAGAAUAAAAUUCAUUCCAUUUUCGUGAGUUUUUUUUACCGAAAUUAUGUUAUUUUUCAUGAGAAUGAAAGAUUUCACACAUCAAGGACGUUGAUCCGAGAAAGAACGUACGCAACAUCAGUAUUAAUGAUAUAAUCGGUCCAUGGACAAAUUCAUUUAGUAUUAAAGGUGGUUCUCACGAUAAAACAAAACGAAGUAACAAAAGAGAAUAGACUGGAUACUAAUUAGGAUAAUUUAACAGACAGAAAAUCGAAAUAAUAAUAUUAUUUGUCAAUUUGGAUUUUCGCGUUUUCGAGAGAGGCUUCUAAAUACUAAUUUGACGACUUGACAAUUAGUGGUUAAAUGCGAGAGAGCGAAAAAGUGCAUCACAGUGAGCGACCAUUCCGUUGCAUUAGCUUGUAUACUUAACGUUAUUUUUUCUAAUUUUCAUUUCUACAAUACGUGCAAAUGUACUUGCUGAAGCAUAAGCUUUUUCGUUGAAAUUUAUGUAUUUCGUUAUUUUUUACAUUGUUUUUCUAUCAUCGAGGUAAAAUCAAUGAGGAAAAUAGAAAAUUUGACUACCCGGUGCUUGGUUCUUUCGUUAUAUUAGGCUUAAGCGAACGCUUCCUAUUGUUUUUCGUACUUAAGUAAUUAGUUACUUAUCGUGACAACGAUCGCCUGAUUUAACCAUUUUUUUACGUUCCCCCCGACAAAGUAACGCCGUCUCCCAAUGAGCUGUUUCAAUUAUUCGACCAUAUACGAUGAAUUUUUGUGACAAUAUGGACGACUCGAGUUCCAAAGUUUCCUCCAAUCAUUAUUCCUGCCUAUCGUUAGAAUCUAAACCUGUUUUUACGUUUUCCAUUCCCAAAAACUCGUCGAAUAUAAGUUUUUACCCCCCCCCCCCCCCUUUUUUUGUUAUCAUUUAUCACCGUACCGUUGUUUAUGGCUUGCAUUAUACAAAUCGGACAAACUAUACAGUGUGAUUGACCAAGAGUCUUACCUGAUCGGUUUACAAAGAAUGGAGAAACAGAAAAAAAAACACAAAAUAAAUAAAAAUUUAUAUAGCACUAUAUAUUACAUGAAAAUAUAUAUAUUAUAUUAAUCUAUCUGGCUUGUCCUAUACAUUUAAAAAGAAAAACAAUAAUAAAAAGGAGAAUAAUCAAUGAAAAUAAGAGACGUUCGAUCAUCGUCAACGACGAUCAACCCGUACCGGUUUUACCUUGUUUUUAUUUGUCAAUUAUUUUAACUGCCGAGGAAUAUACGCGCAACACACUGUAAGGUUGAAUGUAAGGAGAAUUGAUUGUAACGCGAUACCGUAAUUAACAAAAUAAAUAUUCUUUUCUUUGA